AUGAGUGGACGGCUCCUGGCAGCGGGGAUACUGCCCCUUACCACGCGCCGCGUCGCCGCCGCCCUCCCUGAAGCCGCCGUCCGACACUACCACCGCUUCCGGCUCCCCACCGGAGGCCUUCAACGCGCCGACGCAGCCAUCCACGCGACGAGGCAGCGCGUCUGGCCCCCCAGCAGUGCCUUCCACAAUGCCGUCAUCGUGCGGAACGCCUCGUUCGCGAGGCUCCUGCCCAGGCUGCUGGUCAAGUUCGUGAGGAUACCCGCCAUGUUUGGUGGGCUGAUGAUAGGCGGAGUCGCGUGGGUGCAAUACCAGGCGAUACAGGUCAGCAACUCGGCGUCCGAAAUGUACAAGAACAUGAAGGCGACCGCGGCCGACACCGCAUCAGAUAUCUUUGGCGGUGCGAAGGACAUCGCCAGCCAAAUAGGGAGAGGAUGGGACAAUACGAAAGAGUCGGUCGAGCUCCCAGAGUGGAUGCAGAAGGUGCUUCGGUUACAAGAGGAUAUAGGCACGGGCAAAGGAGGACCAGACCCCGGAGACGAGCCGCCAAAACACAGCAGGUCUGGCAAGGUCAUGACCGGUGCGGCCGCAGCAGGCGCGUGGACCCAGAUCGUGGACGACGAGAGAGAAGGAGAGGAAAUCGCCAACGACGAUCAGAUGAUGGUCCUCACCAAGAAAAUGAUCGAGAUUCGGAAUAUCCUCUCCAACGUCGGCCAGUCCAGUGCCCUCACACUGCCGUCUAUUGUUGUCAUCGGGUCGCAAUCCUCAGGGAAGAGUUCGGUUCUCGAGGCCAUUGUGGGCCAUGAGUUCCUGCCCAAGGGCUCAAACAUGGUCACAAGACGGCCGAUCGAGCUCACUUUGGUCAACACCCCCGAUUCCAAGUCCGAGUACGGCGAGUUCCCGGACCUGGGCUUGAAGACAUCCGACUUCUCCUCCGUUCAAAGGACACUUACGGACCUCAACCUGGCGGUCCCGGACAGCGAGUGUGUCUCUGACGACCCCAUCAGACUGAGCAUCUACUCUCCCAGUGUGCCAGAUCUUUCUUUGAUCGACCUACCGGGCUACAUCCAGGUCGUCGGCCAAAACCAACCCCUGGAACUCAAGUCGAAGAUCGCAGAAUUAUGCGACAAAUACAUCCAAGCGCCCAAUGUCAUCCUCGCAAUAUCUGCGGCAGAUGUCGACCUGGCCAAUUCCACAGCGUUACGGGCGAGCAGGAGGGUAGACCCUAGGGGCGAGAGAACGAUCGGCGUCGUCACCAAGAUGGAUCUGGUGGACCCGAUACGGGGCGCGGCCAUACUGUCAGAUAAGCAGUAUCCCCUCAGGCUUGGAUAUGUUGGGGUUGUCUCUCGCGCACCUGGCGUGAAGACGCUGUUCAACAAGGGAUUGGGCAGCAACCUCACUACCACAAUCGCCAAGAACGAGAAUGCCUUUUUCUCGUCACACCCCUUGGAAUUCGGUCCCGACGUCGGCCUGAGCCUAGGCACACUGACCCUGCGGAAGAAGUUGAUGCACGUGCUCGAGCAAACCAUGUCUGCCAGCCUGCAGAGCACGCACGAUGCGAUAAAACAGGAACUCGAGGAGGCCACCUACGAAUUCAAGGUCCAGUACAAUGACCGGCCGCUGUCAGCAGAGUCGUACCUUGCAGAAAGCCUCGACGCCUUCAAGCACUCUUUCAAGCAGUUCACCGAGGAAUUCGGCCGCCCGCAAAUGAAGGAAAUACUGAAGAAGGAGCUCGAUCAGCGCGUCCUGGAUCUGCUCGCUCUCCGCUACUGGAACAAGCCCAUCACCGACCUCUCGCAACCACCACCUGAGGUAGACACCCUCGCCGACCUACCCAAAGCCGACCCUAACAACCCCUACUGGCACCGCCAGCUCGACGCCUCCACGGCGUCGCUCACAAAGCUUGGUGUGGGUCGUCUGGCUACCAGUGCCGUGGCCACGACGAUCCAGCAGCACAUCGAGCAGUUGAUUGCGCAGUCAACGUUCGCGAACCACCCCUUUGCACGCGAGGCGAUCACCAAUGCCGCGUCGAGCAUUCUGAACGAGAGAUUCUACAGCACGAGUGACCAGGUGGAGAACUGUAUUAAGCCGUACAAGUUCGAGAUCGAUGUCGAGGACAGGGAGUGGACCACCGGCCGGGAGCACGUCGGCGGUGUGCUCAAGGGUGAGCUGGACGCAUGUCAGAGCGCCCUGACCAACCUCGAGAAGGCGGUUGGUGGGCGCAGGAAGAUGAAGGAGGUCAUGGGCUUCGUGGAUAAGUGCCGAAAGGGAGAUAUCAUUGUCGAGGGCGACGGGAGGAUCGGCGCGGGCGGGUUCAGUGCCGCAUUACUGGAGAAGGGCCGAGAGGCAGUCUUCCUGCGGGACCGCGCAGACAUCAUCAACAUGCGGCUGCUGGCGGUCAAGUCACGGCAGUGCAAGGACCUCAAGAACAAGUACUACUGUCCGGAGGUGUUCCUGGACGCGGCGGCGACCAAGCUGGCGCAGACGGCGGUGCUGUUCCUCAACGUGGAGCUGCUGUCCGAGUUCUACUACAACUUCCCGCGCGAGCUCGACGCGCGCCUGGGCCGCCACCUCUCAGACGACCAGAUCGAGCGCUUCGCCAAGGAGGACCCCAAGAUCAAGCGCCACCUCGAGGUCAUCCGCCGUAAGGAGCUGCUCGAGCUCGUCCUCGACAAGAUGGAGAGCCUCAGGCAGCUCGAGGGCCCGCGCGGCGGCGGCGGGGCCAAGAAGGAACGCGAGGGGAGGAAGGAGAAGGGCGGGCGGUGGGGUUUGUUCUGA